CACGCCCCUGCCCCAGCCCCAGGCCGGUUCGGCGGGGCAUGUGAGGCUCGGGCACCGGGAUCAUGGCCACGCCGUGCGCUCUGCUCCGGCCGCGGCUGCCUCAGCUCCUGCUGCUGCUGCUGCCACUCUCGCUGCUGCUCGGGGUCUCCCAGACUCGGGGUUCACUGCCCCAGCUGGUGCCCAGCGCCUCAUCCCGGGGCCAGCUAAGCGGAGCUCCCGUCCCAGCCGCGGGGCUGGGACCCGAGCCGGAGCCGGAUCCAGGCCCCCCGCUCGGGCUUCCGCCUCCUCUGCUGCCUGUGUCCUGGGAGCGGGAGAACAGCACCCGGGCCCCUGCCUCCCCUGGCCCCGCCGACCCUCCUCCCCUCCGGGGGGCUGCGACUCAGCGGGGAGCGCUCAGCCGAGCCUCCGGGGGCCGGAGCGCGAUCACGGCUGCCAUGAAAAGCCACAAGCCAGAUAAAAGUUCUGAGCCCCGAAGAGGAAAUUUCACCACCUCUUCUCUCAGUUACAAAAACAUUUCAACCGUGGUCCUCAAAGGUCUUGAGAAGUUUCAGAAUUCCAGCAACCACAGGACCCCACUGGAUGCCUCAGGAAGCACCACUCUGGCACUGGAAACAUCAAAAUCCAGAAGGGGUACGACUUCCUAUGGUAGGAUGAAUGCUACUCCAUCCCUUGGUCGUUCUUCAGAGAUACCUUCUGCCCCGUCCUCUCUGAAGAACUCCUCAGCCCCAGAAAGCUUCCAUCAGGCAUCUAACAGUUCAGAGUCAGAAGGGAGGAGCUCCACCUCUGUGACCAUCUCUGACUUCCUGACUAAGGGAAAAGGGAGGACGUUCAGGUCUCUAACUAACAUCACUCCCUCCAUAGAAGGCCCGGAAGGACCUAUUCCGUCCACCGAAACGUCCACUCCUUCCAGUUUGAUGCAUCCUUCAACUUCUGUAUUGGAGACUGAAGGACCAAAUAUCUUCUCCCUGGGUAGAAAUCACACAAAACUUCCACGGCCACAUUUCUCCAGGAUGCCAACUUACCGACCCCCCUCAAACAAGUCUUCAUCCCCUGAAAUCAGCACAGAACCAAGGAGCUCAAUUGCAUUAAGUACUUUGGACAGUCAGACAGAAAGGACAAACAUUUCUACCACAUUCAUCCAAGAUGUCUCAAGGACUCUUCAGUCUUCAACUAAUAGAAGUUGGUUGGUAAAUGGAACAGAAGGCUCAACCAAGUAUCCCGGAAUGGCUCUCUCUUCAGUGUCAACCCGUGCUUCAUCUUCCUUAGGGGAAGCCAGAAGAAAAAGUACAGUGACAAAGAAUCCGAAUGAUGAAAAAUUCAUUGAGCCUUCAACCGACGACACGUUUGGACCUUCUUCUUCUAGGCCCUCCACUCUGUCUUUACAAAAUGAUUCCCCAACCUUUGAAGGAGACCAUCAGCGGCCCUUGAGUGAUGCAGAUGCUGGGAAGGCAAAUUCCAGGACACAGACUGAGGCUGGGCUCAAUUUCGAGACUUUCACCAGAGAGGGGAAGAACACAUACCAUUGGUCCAUGACCAACAAAAGAACCUUGGUGGAUGUUAUUGAAAACUCCACUUUGUAUCCUGAGAUUGGGAAGUCUUCAGUCCGGACCCAGCUCUCCAACCAGUGGACAAGAAGUCGUACAGAUCCCGAAGAUACGCGCCUCCUUGAGCCUUCUACAGAAUCUUUGUCAGCAUCUUCCUCAGAGAUGUUGGAUUCUUCAUCACAGAGUCAUCCCCUACACACUGAAGGCAGCCAUGAGCUGGGGAGAAGGUCAGGUUCAGAAGAAAGUACUUCCACUUUUCUUCAUCCCAGUCCAGACACCUCAGCUACUUCAUCUAGGAAUGGAGAGAGGACAUUGCGAUCUCUUACCAACAGCAGCCUACCUUCUGGUGGAGGGGAGCAUUCCAUGAUACUUCUCCAUGGCACAGAGGGGACCACUUCUCACAUGGGAGUCACAGACACCACAGGCUCAGUCUCGGCUUCAUCAGACACACUGCAGACCCGAGAAGCCACUGGAAGUAACCAUGGAUCAGUGGGCAGCACCCAUAUAGGAAAAAGGACAUCUAGCUACCAUACAGACAGCACAUAUAUUUCCUCAACCUUCACCAAAGUAAAAGACAGGACAUUAUUGUCUAUUACAAAUAACAGCACAUCUCCAGAUGACACUAAAACCUCAACCUCUUACAGCAGAACCUCCAGCUCCUCGGCUUUGUCACAGUCUUCUCCUUCUUCUCUUACCAAAGGAACCAACAGCUCAUCAAGUGAAGGGGAAUUUGUCCUUCCUUCCACCGAACCAUUGGUUGUGAGUUCUUCCGAUUCACUGGCAUACACAUCUACAGUCAGUGUUCCCUCCAACACAUUGCUACUUCAAGCCUCCGAAUCUGUGUCCACUGAUGACUCCUCAUCUUCAUCAUUGCCACCCCCCUCAGUGUCACAGCUAAGUCAGUCAUUUUCCUCAACCCCAUGGCCAACAUUGGCUUCUUCCCCACUCUUGUUUUCCGUGGCUGAAUCCUCCAAGUCCAUGUCUUCCUCACUAUCACCUUUAUCAUCCUCCUUGGUAGCAUCUACCCCAUCCCCGAUAAUAUUCCAACGGUCAUCUUUACCACAUUUGUCUUCUACCUCAGUCUUCCCCAGUAAUGAUCCUCCGGCAAGGGAGUCCUCUGUAACUUCAACUGAGACACUGACAGAUUUACUCACCACUCUGGUUCACAGUAGCCUAUCAGCAGAUCAAAAGAAUCAGAGUUUCCCCUACCAGGAGAAAACCAGUAUAGGGCCAAAGUCACAACCUCCAAGUCUUCCACCAACAGCAUCAACAGAAGUGCUCAAUAAUAAUUCUACACCCAAGGCCCCUUUGCUUCCAGUCCCAACAGAAUCCUCCAGAGAGCCAAUCUACCUGACCACCAGCACCAACUCAGCCCAACCAUCACCCCUUAUGACCACUAUGACUCACACAACCACUCAGCCUUCAACAAUUUCAACUGAUCUCUCACCUCCAAUAAGUGUUACAACCAUGAAAGUUACAACUGGAAAAACUAUUCUACCUGUUGGACCCAGGACUACAGUGUAUCAGAGAACCACUGAAGCCAGUGGAGUUGAGACAGAGGCCACCACCAAAUCUAUCCCCACCACUGGUAUAGUCACAUCUGUGCAAGAAUCAAUCACAAGAGUAGAAGACCAAGAAGAGGGCACUCCCACUGCCCAUUUUCCCAUGGUAUCAUCUCUUUCCCCCCAAACUACAAAGGCUUCUACUCCUACACCCUUGACUCUUAAGCCAACCACUGUAGUACCACUGAGCAGCGUGCGACCGGUGAUGACAUCACCUUCAGCAACAGUCAACAGAUGUGCCAUAAACCCUUGUCUUCAUGAUGGGAAGUGUCUUGUGGACUCCACUAGUCGUGGAUAUCGGUGUGUCUGCACCCCUUCGUGGCAAGGCGAUGACUGCAGUGUGGAUGUGAACGAAUGCCUGUCGAACCCCUGCCCACCUCUGGCCGUAUGCAACAAUACUCAGGGAUCUUUUGUCUGCAGAUGCCCUGUUGGGCACCAGUUAGAAAAAGGAAUCUGUAACUUGGUUAGAACAUUUGUGACAGAAAUUAAGUUAAGAAAAACUUUUGCUAAUGCUACUGUUGAGAAGCAUUCGGAACUGCGUCAAGUAGAAGACGAGAUCAUCAAAAUGCUAAAUAUGUCCCUUUCAACGUUACCGGGUUACGCCAAAUCCACUGUCCAAGCUGUCAGGGACUCUGGCACCGUGGCUGUCUCACUGCAGACCACUUUUUCCAUGUCAUCCAAUGUGACGGUGUUUGAUCUGGCAGACAGAGUACAGAAAUACAUUAGCACCUGCACAUCCCCUGUGGAGACCUGCCAAUUCUUGAAGUCUCUGGGAAGGCUCUUUAGAGCUGGUAGUUUAUGUAAAAAGAAAAGUCCGGAAUGUGACAAAGAGACCUCUAUCUGCACCGAUUUGGAAGGUGUUGCCCUCUGUCAGUGCAAGGCUGGCUACUUCCAGUUUAACAAGAUGGAUCAUUCCUGCCGAGCAUGUGAAGAUGGAUACAGACUUGAAAAUGAAACCUGCAUGAGUUGCCCAUUUGGUCUUGGUGGUCUCAACUGUGGAAACCCUUAUCAGCUUAUUACUGUGGUGAUUGCUGCCGCUGGAGGUGGGCUCCUUCUCAUCCUAGGAAUUGCGUUGAUUGUUACCUGUUGCCGAAAGAAUAAAAAUGACAUAAGCAAACUCAUCUUCAAAAGUGGUGAUUUCCAAAUGUCCCCAUACGCUGAGUACCCCAAGAACCCUCGAUCCCAGGAAUGGGGCCGGGAGGCCAUUGAAAUGCAUGAAAAUGGAAGUACAAAGAACCUCCUCCAGAUGACAGAUGUCUAUUACUCUCCCACAAACGUCAGGAACCCAGAACUUGAACGGAAUGGUCUCUACCCAACCUACACUGGCUUGCCAGGAUCUCGGCAUUCUUGCAUCUUUCCCGGACAGUAUAACCCUUCUUUCAUCAGUGAUGAGAGCAGGAGAAGAGACUACUUUUAACACCAUGGGACAGUGUGUAGCCACUGUUAUUGUGUGUUCUUUACACAUGAAUUCUAUCUGCUCAAGGAAUGGAACCAGGAAGAUACCCCGAACACUUGCUGCUUCACAGACCAUUCAAAGCUGAAGGUUAUAUGGCAGACAAGAGAUGGGAUAGAAGAUUUAAAGAUGGUGAAGACUGAAAGGAAUCAUUCUAUUACAGGCUGCUCAUUCUUUAUUCUUCAGUGUUCAUAUGUGUUACUGUGAAAUGUGAUAAUGGGUCAGUAAGAACAGAUUUGCUUUGAGUGACAUGUCAUGGAUGCUACCACUAGGGAUGAGUGUAAAUGGUUCAGUGUCAUUUCAAAGACCCAGUUGUUACUCAGUUUAGGCUUCAGUGAUUUCAGUUGUGUGUGUGUGUUUUGUAUAGUACACUUUACCAAGCUCAAGUUGAGACUGCUCCAGAAUGGAAUCCUGGAUAUUUUGGACAGCUCCAUUGGAUGUUGUCAUUGAAUGGUCACCUUGCAGCAAAGUAUUGACUGUUUUGAACUUACUUAUUUCCAUAAUUACAGUCUUCCUCAGUGCCUAUGUGCUGAACAAUAAGUGUGUUCUGAUCUCACUCAAUGAGUGCCCUGAGGCACUGGAGAAAUCUUGGUGUAAAGUAUAAUCUUCUAAUAUGCUUCUAGAUCUUAUUCUGUAGUUUCGAGCCAAACAAAAAAUGAGCUGUGAGCCCAGGAUUUACUGUAUCACAGAAAGUGACAUAGGAGGUGAGGGUUGUGAAGUGCCGCAGGCUAUUAGAUGAAACAUAAGAGUUCUCCCCUUAGUAGGUUGUUUUUUGGUUUUUAUCAAGGUGAUAUCCCUUUUCACAGAAACCCCCGAUUCCCUCUUUAUUGAGUUUAAGAGUUUCUUCCAACAAACUGGGAUCAAAGCAAUAUCUUGUAGAGGUAAUCAGUCAUAAUGGCUUAUGGAACCAACUUUGAAAUCAAAGUAUCAGCUCAUCUGCCCUUUAUCUACAACUGGAGCCAAUGGAUAUAAUUUGAUCCUGACAGUAAUGAGUCCCUAGAAAGAGGAGUACAGAAAUCUAGAAGCCUGUGGUGACCAUCUCCUGCCUACUCCCAGUCUGUGAGAAUGGGGUGGUGCAAAACCAUCCAUUUUAUGCCCACUGGCUUUACCCUGGGUUCAUGUCCAUGACAGAGAUUACCUCUGCUGAGACAAGCUCUUAUUUAUGGAUUAUAAGGAUUUUUUUAAGGUGGGGGUAAAGUGCGUGUGUGUGUGUAUGUGUGUGUGUGUGUGUGUGUCUGUGUGUGAGAGAGAGAGAGAGAGAGAGAGAGAGAGAGAGAGAGUAGAGAGAGAAAAAUUUGGAUUUGAACUGGGUGUUUCAUUGCUUUGGGUAGAGAAGCUGGAAACAACUGUCUCUUGUAAUUGGAUCUUCACAAUUGCUGGAGAAAUUGGCCUAACAAGCAAACUAGAUUUCACUGAAAUGUCCUUGCCAUUGGAAGCCUUACCAGCUCUUCAUAAAAGAAUAGGUAGGCCUGAUGGUGCCAUAUGUAAGUUUUCCUUACAUGUCUCUGCUGACUGCAUCAGUAACCUUGUCCACAGGGCUCAGUGUUAAAGAGUUGAUCACUGAAAGCUGUUUCUUCAUUGAAGAAGUAACAUGUAAAUUGUUUUCUCUUGUCCAUCAGUCUGCCCUUUUUUAUACUACUAUGUAGUUCCCCUGAAACUCAGUGAUAUUUUUUUAGGAAUGCUUUCAGACAGCUAAGGAUUUCUAGACAGGUAAAGACUUUGAAAAAAAAGACUUUGGUGUCUGCCUUUUGGAAAGGAAUGUCCUAUACAUCUGUUUAUUAUGCCCAUGAUUUAGAGCCUGCAUCAGUCACCUGAGCAGCACUCAAUGUCUGGAACGAAUACAUGUGAAACUAUAUUGAUUCUACUUCCCAAAUAACAUCCUGGUGUGCAGAUAAGGGAAAGAAAGAACAGAUUGGAAAACCAUUGCCAGCAUGGAAGGUUAAGUCUUCCUGGUGGCAUACUUUUCUGGAAAUGGCUUAAACACUUGGGAGCAGUUACUUUUGCUUAACAGAGGGAUGGUUACUCCUGGGUUAUCACAGCUUUUCAAAAUGCAAUACAGGGGGCAGCUAGGUGGCACAGUGGAUAGAGCACCAGCCCUGGAUUCAGGAGGACCUGAGUUCAAAUCCGGCCUCAGACACUUAACACUUACUAGCUGUGUGACCCUGGGCAAGUCACUUAACUCCAAUUGCCUCACUAAAAUAAAUGAAUGAAUGAAUGAAUGAAUGAAUGUCAGCUGUCAAAAUGCAAUACACUAGGACAAGCCACUUAAAACACUCCCAUUAGAGCAUGACAUUAUUCUGAUAGCACCGUUUGGAUAAAUGUAUGUGUUUUUCCACUGAUCCUUAGAUGCUCUCUCUCUUCUCAUAAUUACAGCUCUGCUAUUGCAGAAAAUGCUAGUUGGGUGCAGUGCACCUUGGUAGUUAAAACAAAUCCACCCUCACCUCACGGGAUGCAAGGAGAAUUCAGGUUUCACUGAUGGAUGCUAUGAUUUUUUUUAAAGGUAUUAAAAACUUCCUUCUGAAUCAUGGGUGAGAUCUUCCAUGACUUUGUCAGAAUCUAGUAAGGUUUUCUGCCUCGCUGUCUCCCACCCCGCUGACCAGCUGAGAGUUACCAUAUUCUCUGGACCCACUAUUUGAGUUGUUUUACCUAAGACUUGUUAUCUCUAUGAUGGGAAUGAGAAAGAGAAGCCAGUUAGGGGGCACAGAAGUGGUAGGGGUGUGGCAGUGGGGUACUCUGGACUAGGACCUAUAUGAUUAUAAGAACAGCCUGUUGCUUCUGGGAAAUCAGGUAAUCAUUUUUUUUAUGAAGAUUUUUUUUCAGGGCAAUGGGGGUUAAAGUGACUUGCCCAGGGUCACACAGCUAGUAAGUGUCUGAGGCUGGGUUUGAACUCAGGACCUCCAGAAUCCAAGGCUGGUGCCUUAUCCACUGCGCCACCUAGCUGCCCGAAAUCAGGUUAUCUUGAUGGCAACUGACAUCUGGAGCAAACCAUCACCUCCUGGGGUAGGACAACGAGCUAGGUAUCCGGAUGGUGACCUGGUGCUGCCUCUGAAUCAUUCUUGAGAAUGGUCUGUGAAUCUGUUUUAGCUUAAGCCUAAAAAGAGAACCAUGUGACUUAAGGACUUUCUAGAAGAUGUUUCACAUGAAGAUGAGGGAUUUCAGAAAGUGUUCUUAGCAUAGUAUCUCAACACAUCUCUAAGUGACCUAGGGAGGCAGGUGGGUGUAAGGAAGUUUACUUCAAGUGUUUCAUUGUAUAUGUGUGUUUGUGAGCAGUGGAGAUCAGUUCUCCAGUUUGAGCGUAGGAGCAUAACUUUAGAACCAAAGGGACCUUAGAGGAGGCCAUCUGUUCCACCACCUUCAUUUUACAGAGAUGGAAACUGAGGCACAAAAGAUAUUAAGUGACUUGUCCAAGGGCACACAGGUAUUAAGUGAGAAUGGAGGAAAGAGCAUCUGCUAAGCUCUCUAAUCAUGGAGAUAACAACUGAAAUGAUGAUUAUGUGCCUACUGUGUACAAAAUACUGGGUGUGGAAAAUGGGAGUAGUCUGGUACUCCUGCUUUUUACUGACCCGGAUCAUGCAAGAUUGGGCAAUAAUAGUUUUCAUUUUUGCACUGUGGUUGCCCGAAAAAGGGUGAGGCUGUAUCAGGGAGAAUUGUCACUUGUAGGAUACAUGCAAUUACUUUCCCUCCACUGCCCUCAGUGUCACUCCUCUAUUCCAGAAUUGGUGACUCAUGCUGGAAGGGGGAAGGGAACGAGGGGAGAAAGUUAUCAACAGCCACAUGAGAGGAAAAAAGGGAUCCUAAUCUGUGUCUGUGCCACUUCUAUAAGGCAAAAUCUGGAUUAAAAGGAAUCGUAAGUCUUUAAGGUGAAAGUGACCAACAGGUCAACAGAGUGUUUGUCCAGCAAAGAGGCCUCCCUUCUUUCUGUAGCCCAGGGGCUACCUGGGAAUGAGGUCCUUCAUGCCAUCUGACUUCCAUGGGCCCUAGUCAUUGUUUACCCAGAAGAGAUGAGACUAAGACAGCUGACUACAUUUCUUUGGCAAAAUGCCUACCUUCCUGAUUUUAGCUUUCAAAGAGGGUAAUUAUGACAUUCAAGUAAAAGGAAGUUUUUACCAAGAAAUAAAUAGGAGCAAUCUUGAAGUGCUUUUAAUAACUUUGAUGUGUUAUUGGCAUCCCAUCCAGCAAUAACCAAAUGAUUGUUUUUAGUAAUAAAACGGUUAAGAAGCAGUCACAUUGUGAAAAUUUUCCGUAAGGUGAUUUAAAAUUGGAGGGUUUUUUCCUCCAUGUUUUUUGUCAUUUGAGGCCAUCAUGAAGACAGGAAGCUAAGUCAUGCCUACCCAGUGAACAUAUUGGCACGUAGCUUUAUUUGUCAGGAGACAGUUAUGUUGUUUGGUUUUUUAGCAGACAUAAACUUCUACGAUCAAAUGAGUGGAAUCCCCUUCAAAGUAGUCACCUUGGGGGAGGGUGUAUACUUAUUCAAAUGUUAUAACCGGAAACUUUUUUCUGAAUUACCUUCAGAGCUUAAAGCACAUUUUUUUUACUGGUUCCCAUGGUGGCAAAUAUUCAUCCUUCAAGGGUGAUUUUAACUUUUGGAAACAAUCAUAGGUCUUGUGGUUAAAAUGGUGAUCAAGCUGGGUGGUACCAACAUCAGUGAAAAAGUAUAGUGUGACUAUGAAGUAAUAAAACUAGUUUUCUGGGAUAACUCCUGAGUUGAUUGUGAAAGUAGCCCCAGAAUAUGUUCAUUAUAUGUUUGAACCAUGGUAAUAGCAUUAGAGUAAAUGUAUGCUCUCAAGGAGACUGCUCUGAAGGGAACACGAUUCAUUUGCAUGUAGAACUCUGGCUGUGUUAAUAAAAAUUAGCCUUAUUAUUUUACAGUCACAACCUGUGUUAUGGGUCUUUGGUAUUUUCCUUGUGUGACUGUGCCCAUUGGUGAGGAAUACACAUGGACUCUGGGAUCUUGACUCAGUUAGACCAGAAGUCAACAUUACACAGCUCGGGUGCUCUUGGCUUCUCUUAGUCCAACAAAGCCACCCAGGAACAAGACCACUGACUCAUUGUGUUUAAAAAUAACAGCUAAAAUUUUGGUGAGGACAACUCAAUGAAGUGCUCAUGCUUCCAAUCAUUCAAGCAAUACUUCUUUGUUGAGCUGAUGCCCUAGGCCCUACGGGGGGACAGAGCAGUACUCUUCAGAUUUCCAGGAAGACAAUGGAUUAAUUCUCUGAGCUUCUCUCUCAAUGGGUCUUAUCCUAUCCCUAAUAUGCAGGACCUCAGACAUCUGAGGACCACCUGAUUUAGCCAUUGGUCUCAUAUUUAUCUUCCUGCAUCAACUUUUCACAGCAAAAUCCUUCCUUGUCUGAUAGGUGUGUAUAUAUAUGUAUGUGUAUAUGUAUUAAUUUUGAGAUUGGAGCUCUAAAGAAUGUGAAUUUUAAUGCCAAAUACUUGUUUUCCUUACCCUAUAAAAGACAUCACCCUUCCUGUCCCAUACUAUAACAGUUUUCAGGAGGAAAAAGAACAUUCCAGCAGGAGACAGCAAUAAGGGGUAUGUGUGUGUAUGUGUGUAUAAUAUAUGUGUGUAUAUAAAUAAUAUAUGUGUACCUAUAUAUAUAUACACACAUAUAUGUAUGUAUGUGAAAUACACACAUAUGUGAGGAGAGAGAGAAAGGAAGGGAGAGAAAAAGAAAGACAGAUACAUAUUCCAUACUUUGGGGUUUGUGUUUCCUGAUAAGAGAUGCAAAUGCAUGCAUUUAUUUUUGCUUUCUGAUAGCCCAAAGAAAUAGUAUAUAACAACCCAUAAAAAUCAUAGAUAUUGAUUAAUCUGUUUAAUUGAAAUAAUCUUUUCUCAAUGGGGUUAUAAUUCAUCACUCUGGAUAAAUGUCUCACCUCAGUGUAUAGAUGUGAGUCAAGGGAUGAUUUGAUUGGGAAGAGACUAUUGUGGGACUCUGAUUUCAAAAAGAGCCUUGACAUCUAGAGACAAUUUAAAUCAUUCUCUCCAUGUACACCUGUCAUUCAUGUCCAUAUAUACCCUGCCCCCCCAUCUCCACCUAUUCAAAUCUGAUCUUCUCUCUUCCAUGAUUGUACAUUUAAUAGGAACACGAUGUGAUAGUUUCUGGGUUGACAUGAAUUUUUGUUUUGUUACCUUUCCAGUUAAAUUAAGCAUACAGUUAGAAGAUGUGCUUUAGGGAGUUGAUCCCCACCAUCCUGCCUCCCCUUUGCAGACCAAUGAACUCUGAGCACCUGGUUUGUCAUUUUAAAAUCCUUCCCUGAGGAUGUUUGUUAUUUAAUGUUGUAUCAUAAUUGCAGCCUCCACUAAUAAUUCAGUACUGUAGCAGAAAAGUGUGAUUUGUAAGAAUUGGGUUAUUUUUAUACUUCUCUCUACUAUCUCUGGCGUUCUAGUCAGUAAUAUGAUGUAAUAAAAAAAAUUACUAUCACCUUCAGUGUUAACCCUUGUGUGUUCAAUAGAUGUAGUACCUCUUGUGGUCUAUCUGCCAUUUCAUCUACAUGGGGGAUAUUCCCUCCACUGACAUACAGCUUUUAGAGCCAUAAGGAAUUUUCAAGGUCAUCUAAUGCAAGCCGUGUGUGUGUGUGUGUGUGUGUGUGU